UUGCUGCGUUGUCUCGUUGCCUCGUUGCCGUUUUCUCGUUUUCUCGUUUUUCUUGCUGCGCCGCACGCUCGUUAAAUCCAUAAAGGACAUUCUCUGCUUCGGCUCCAGUCACGGCCAACGCCACGGCCAACGGCAGCGCCAACGACAGCGCCAGCGACAGUUCAGCGUUCAGCGUUCAGUUCAGGCAGCCAGCGAGGCAGGCAGCAGGCAACAGCCGCCACUUCUUGGCUUUUGGUCAGCCGCCUUAGAGCCUCCAGUUGACAGUGUUGCCCCGUUACGUUGCCCGCGGCCCGUUACCCGUGGCCAGUUUACAGCUAAUUUGCCAUUCACACAAUCACAACAAAUUAUUGUUGCCAAAGUAACAACAACAACUACAACAACAACAGCGCCAAUAGCAGCAGCAGCAAUAAUACAAUUUUUGACAGCUUCAGCAGCGAUCGCAGUCGCCGCAGCAGCAGCAGCCGCGCCAGCCGCCCACUGGCUAGUUAACGGUUUUUAUUACCGCCGCAGCCGCCGCCGUCGCCGUCAUCGUCGUCGACGCAGCUCACGCACGUUACUUAUUUUUUUGACUUCUUCCUCUUCCUCUCCCGUUUCAUCUUCAGCUUUAAGUGCGUGUGCGUAUGUGAGCCAGCGUCUCUGUGUGUGCGUGUGUGUGUGAGUGAGUGCGUGUGUGCUUGCUCGUGUGUGUGUGGCUCUGUGUGUGUGUGUGUGGGUGUGAGCGCUGUCGUGUCAUGUGGCAAAAGUGCGCGGGGGGUCGACGUCGAAGUUUUUGUGGUCGCGUGUGUUUAAUUAAUCAUAAAAUAAAAUAAAACAAAACACAAAUACAAAAUACGCAAAUACGCGAAUACAAAACAAAAUGCAAAUGGCAACGCAGCAACAACAAAAAAGCAAAAAGCAAAAACAAAAAACACUUUAAAUAUGUGCAAUAGAAUUUGUUGAAAAGAAACGCCCAAAACGUGAAGUGAGACAACAAAGACAACUAAAUCAAGUCCACGAAAAAGGCGACAAAGAGGAGGAAGAAGAAGAAGAUUUGCUUAAUACAUCCUGCCGACGGCAAAAAAAAAAAAAAGAAAAGAAGAACAAAAUCAAAAGUGUUUGAAAAAUGUUUACCAAAAGUGGAUAAAGUAUGAGCAAUGCAAGAAAUUAACGAAAAUCAAUCUGAGUGAUAUCAGCCACAGCCACAGCUACAGCCAGAGUCAGAGUCCAAGAUCGAGAUUGAAUCAAAGGAAGUGGAGCGCUCGGCAUCGGCCGUUCCAGGGGAGAAUGUGUUCAAUAUUUCGCAAUCGCAUCAAUUACCGGAGCACAGGCACGCGCAGUGGCUCAUCCAGUGCGGGCAGCUCGUCGGUCGCCGACCCCACGACCGACAGGGACAGUUUGCUGGCGAAGGAGCUGAGUGCGGACAGCAAUAACAAUGGCAGCGCAGCAGACGAGACGCCAGAUGCUGAGAUGGAGCGACAGCUCGAGGCUGAGCAGUCGCUGCCCGGCACUGAGCAGCCGGAGAACAGCAACGAGGCGCUGGACUUGUCGGUAAUCUCCGGCAGCCGUUUGCCCACGAGCGGACAUGUGGCACUAGAAGCUUUACAACAUACCAAAGUGGCGGUGGCACAGUUUGCGGCCACUGCGCUGGCGGGAUCGGUGUCCGAUCCGAACGACCUGGCCAUGGUCCAGUCGACGAUCUUCAACGUUCAGCGCCAGCAUCUGAUGCAGCUGCAGCUCAUCCAGCAUCUACAGAGUCAAUUGAAGCGGGCGGGUGGCGUGGUCGCAGCGCUAAGCAGGCAAGGUCCGAACUAUGCCGAGCCGGACGAGGACGAGGACGAGGAGGAGGAGCGGCUGGAGCAGACGGACCCGGACCAGCCAGAUCCUUCCAAAGAGCCGACGAGCGUGAAUGGCGAGGCAGCGGACAUCGACCACGAAAGGCUGCAGGAGAGUUCAAAGACUGAGGAACAGGAAAUGUGCAAGGAAAGGGAGGCAAUAGCAAAUGAGUGCAAUACAGAACGAGAACGAGAACGAGAACGGGAGCGAGAGCAAGAUGUAGCUAGAGCCAAGGCUGAGCGGGAGCGUGAGAUUGAGGCUGACGUCGACCAGGAGCUGGAGAAUGAGUAUAAGCCGCUAAUGUGCGACAUCAGCUCCAGUCUGGCAUCGAGCAUAAUCACCAAUCACGACCCACCGCCGGCGCCCAAUGAGCCGAACUGCCUCGAAAUGCUGCAGCGCCGCACGGAAGAGGUGCUGGACUCGGCCUCGCAGAGCUUGCAUGCGGCCCAAAUGCAGGAGGAGUAUUCGGAGUACGCCUCGAAGGAGGCGCAGAGUCGCGGCGAGAUCUUCAAGCAUCGCUGCAAGUACUGCGGCAAGAUCUUUGGCAGCUACUCGGCCCUGCAGAUACACCUGCGCUCCCACACUGGCGAGCGACCCUUCCACUGCAACGUCUGUGGCAGCAAGUUCACUACCAAAGGCAACCUGAAGGUGCACUACCAGCGCCAUACGCAGAUCUUUCCUCCCAUGCUGCUGCCGCCUGUGGUCAAUGGGGCUCAGCCCUCGGCGUCAGGCUCCGAGCAGUUUGGCUCUCUAGCACCCAUUCGGCUACCCUUCGCCACGCCAGCGCCUCUAGCACCGCCCCCUCCACCCAUCAGCAGCGAGCACGCGGCAUUGGAGCAGCAGCAGCACGAGCUCCAGGCACUGGCAAUGCCCGGACAACAGCUACAGCAAGCCGAGGAUCUGAGCAAGCCGACCAGGGAGCUGUCGCAUUCGCCCAUGCAGGCCGCGCCGACCCCCAAGUCGCUGCCCGAGCGCAGCCGACGUCUGAGUGCCACGGAUGCUGUUCAGCCGUGCUUAGCCUUGCCCGAGAGCAAGGAAAAGGACAAGUUGAAGGAGAGUCCCAAGUCAACGACGCCGCCUACUGCAGCGGCGAAUCGUCGCAAUGGCAGCGUGCGUAAGCGUCAGUCGAGCAAUGGGGGUAGCCCGCCGGGCGAGGACCGGGAGCAGUCCGAGCACAUGCAGUUGGUCAAGCUCGUGCGUCGCUCCUCGGCAAGUCGCGACGGGGCUGUCGCGUUACCCGGCGACUACUCACUGGCUCAGAUGGAGCGCAUCAUAGACAAGUCGUGGGAGGAUCUAAUCGAGAUCGACAAGACAUCGGAGACAUCGAAGCUGCAGCAGCUGGUGGACAACAUUGAGAACAAGCUGACCGAUCCGAAUCAGUGCAUCUUCUGCCAGAAGGUCAUGUCCUGUCGCAGCUCUCUGCAGAUGCACAUACGCACCCACACGGGCGAGCGACCCUUCCGCUGCAAGAUCUGCGGGCGUGCGUUUGCCACCAAGGGCAACCUGAAGGCGCACAUGAGCAUCCACAAGAUCAAGCCGCCCAUGCGCAGCCAGUUCAAGUGCCCCGUGUGCCACCAGAAGUUCUCCAACGGCAUCAUCCUGCAGCAGCACAUUCGCAUCCACACCAUGGACGAUGGCAGCGGCAGCCAGAUGCAUGGCCAGGGUCAGGGUCAGGGCCAGGGCCUGGGCGCUGGCGAGGCCGAACGCCUGGGCAUCGAGGAUCAGAACUCCAACAAGUCGAUGUGCACCUCGGACACCCUGGACUUCUCGACCACAAUUUCGGAUCACUCUGGCCAGCGAUCGGAGUCGUCGCAGGGAGGCGACUUCGACGAGUUCAUGACCAUGGACAGCACUGACGACUCCCGAGACAACUCAAGCGCGGCCACGGCAACACUGCUUGACAGAGACAGACGGCCGGGCCACGAGGACGAGCGCUCCAGAUCGGAUCUGGAUGGCGGUGGGCGUGAAAGCAACAGCGGCGAGAUGCCCGCAAUGGAUCUCUCAUCGCCCUCCCCUUCAUCAGCCUCCGCCUCCGCCUCUGCCUCCGCCUCAGCUGCGGCGGCAGCGGCAGCAGCGGCUGCGGCGCGCCUCUUUGGAGUCGGCAACAAUUCAGCAGCAGCAGCAGCUGGUGGAACUGGAGCUUUACCGAUGCUGGGCAUGCCCAUGCCGCCGAAUCUGCUGCUGAUGGCGGCGGCGCGCGAGGAGAUGCACGCGCUAGGCCAGACGCAUGCCAAGUUUCCACUGCUGCCCUUCGGACCGCUCGGCUUAAUGGGCCUGCAGCCGCCCCCAAAUGUGUGCAACUUGUGCUUCAAGAUGCUGCCAAGCCUGGCCGCCUUGGAGAGCCAUCUACAGAGCGAACAUGCCAAAGAAAUGACGGCUCCUUCCGGCCGAGCCCAUUGCAACGAGACUGCCACGCCCUACGGAGCCAAGCUCACUCUCAAUCCAAAUCUAUUUGCCAAGAAGCCGAAGCAGCCGCAGGAGCCGGCGCCAGCGGAGCCCGUGACGCCAUCGGCGGCAUCCAUUAAAGAGGAGCCCGACUCCGACCAGCUGCCGGUCGACGAGGGUGGCUGCGACAGUGGUGUAGCGGCUGCCCCGGCCACCGGCUAUCAGCAGGAGGCGGCCGGCGAUGCGGAGCAGUCGCUGAUGAAGAUGCAGUUGCAUGCUCAUCGCUUCCCAGCUAGUCCGCUGGACUUCCAGCAGGCCCUGAUGUCCGCCGGGCCACCCAGCUCCAGUCUCGAUCCCCCGGUGAACAACAAGCACUUCUGCCACGUCUGCCGGCGCAACUUCAGCUCGAGCUCCGCUCUGCAGAUUCACAUGCGAACCCACACCGGAGACAAGCCCUUCCAGUGCAACGUCUGCCAGAAGGCCUUCACCACCAAGGGCAACCUGAAGGUUCAUAUGGGCACGCACAUGUGGACGAAUCCAACAUCUCGUCGGGGCCGGCGCAUGUCCUUGGAGCUGCCCAUGCGCCCAGGACCUGGCCCGGGCUCGGCACAUGGCGCGCCCUCUGCCGAGCAGGAGUUCAUGCAACGUCGCCCGGAGCUCUUCUUCCCCUAUUUGCCGCCAUUCUUCAAUGGAAUUCCACCCAAGCCCGGUGAACUGAGUCCAGGUGCGUUUGCCAACAUACCGCCGCCGCACUUUGCAAAUGGAGCUAAGUAUCCGUAUCCGCCUGGCCUGCUGGGCUUCCCCAACUUCUUGGGCGGGGCUGGUGUCCACCACCAGUACCCGCACGCUGCGGAGAGGAGUAGCAGCAAGUCACCGACAUCGGAGCCGGCGCAGAGUCCUGCCUCCCGGGAAGACGACGGAGCUCUGAGCAACCACAUUUGGCAUCCGCUGAAUAACAUCAAGGUGGAGAACAAUCAAAACGAGAAUAUUGGCAGUCAGAGCGAGCUGGAGCAGGAGGAUAACGGUAACACAGAUGCGGAUGCCGAGCAGGAAGCUGCUGGCCCUCCGAUGGGGGCCGAAGAGCUGGGCUCGCAGGGCGGUGAGAAGUAGCUGUAAUAUAUUUAGUUUGACAGCCGUUUGGAAUACACAUGGUUUUUGUGGAGUACAUAUCUUGAGCAUAACACUACGCUAAGCUUGAUCUAGCACACAUAUAUAUACGAAUAUAUCCUCUGUGUCUAUAUAUAUAUAUAUAUACGUACACACACAUAUGUAUUUAAACUAAAGUACGAGUAAUUGAUGGCGAUUUUGAGGCAUUUAAAUGCAUUAAGUAUAGCAAUAAGUUGUAUAAACUGCAAAACGUGAGCAAAAACAAAUCAGAUUCAACACACACACACACACACUCAUACACACCAAAACAGACACAAUUAACUAAUUUUAUGGCUACACACAUUAAACAUAACAAAUACAGAUGCAAAAUAUAAAAAAAAAGUAGAUACACGUAAUGUAAACUGUGGUAGUUGCAUAUAAAAAGCGAAAUCGAAAAUCGAAUGAUCAAAAAUAAAAUCGUGCGUGCAAAUUGCAAAAUUCAAA